AUGAAUUCUCUGGAGAGAGUACUACCUAAUGACUUGAUUCAGGGUGUCAUGGAUACUGAGAUUGGAGAGAGACAACUUCCAGACAAGAGCAUAUGGACUCCUACUACAAAUGGAAACUUCACAUGCUCCUCAGCUUGGCAGACCGUCAGACAAAAACAGGAAGUAGAUCCUUUAGCCAAAAUGAUAUGGGCUAAAGGAACCCCUCUUAAAAUAUCCUUCUUUAUGUGGAGAUUGCUUCGCAAAAAACUACAUUUAGAUGACAGAAUUCUAAGUCUAGGAAUUCAGACUGACUCUAAUUGUAAUUGCUGCGGGGAACAAAUUUCAGAAAAAGUGGAUCAUGUGUUUGCUACUAGUCCAUUUGCUGUGAGAAUUUGGAAACAGAUGGCAACACCUCCAGGCAUUUCGCAUCAAGGAAACUCAGUUCAAAGGGUACUUGAUUGCUGGUGGAGGGCUUCUAUUUCUAAAAGAUUCAGCAAAGUGAAUAACAACUGGAAUUGGGCAACAACUUGUCAAAGAGCUGAAAGCUACAAGGAAAACCUCACCAGCAUGAUGCUUUAUUGGGACAAACCAUCAGGUCAUUCAUGGAAGCUGAAUACUGAUGGCAGUUAUAUGGAAAGAAGCAGAGCAUCUGGUAUGGGGGAAUUGUUAGGAAGGGAAAUGGAAGAAUGGUUAUGGCCUUUGCUAAACACAUCCAAUGCUCCACUAACAAUUCCUGUGAAUUACAAGCCGCAAUGCAUGGACUCAUCUGUGAACAUGCUCAAAGGAAACACGACUGAACCUUGGAGGAUCAGGAAGACAAUAGAGGCAGCUCAAAGGAUCAUUCAACAAAAACAGAUUAAAGUUCAGCAUUGCUAUAAAGAAGCAAAUGCUGUAGCAGACAAUUUGGCAAAGAGAGCAGCUUUAAAUGUGGCCGAGGACAGCAUAUUCCUUCAUGAAGAUGAGCUGCCAGAAAAUUCUAGAGGACCUUUGAGGAUGGACUUGCUCCAUUUAGCCUCCUUUAGAUUAAAAGCUUGUAAAUACUCUGGUUGGUAUUUUGAGCCACCAUGA